UAACACAUGCAAAACCCAAAUUAUCCGGAUCCGGUAAAAAAAAAAAAUCCUCCAAAAUUGACUUCAAAGCCUUUCUCCACUCUCUCUUAGCAAGCAUACUCUCUCUCUCCGUCAAUUCUCUAAUGGCGGAUCAAGAGGACGUGUACUCAGUCUGGGCCUUGCCGCCGCCGGAGGUCAGCGACCGGAUCAAGGCGCUGACGGCGACCCUCCGGUCGGAGUUCGGUGGGCCCCAAUUCGACCCGCACAUCACCGUCGUCGGAGCGAUCAGGCUCACCCGCGAAUCCGCGACCCGGUAUCUCAGAACCGCAUCCGAAUCGCUCUCCCCUUACGCCGCACGCGUCGCCGCCGUCGCACGCGGGUUCUUCUACCAGUGUGUUUACCUCCUCAUCGAGCCGACCCCCGAGGUGCUGGAGGCUGGUGCUCACUGCUCUAAACACUUUGGAUAUGAGGCCCCAACACCUUAUAUGCCCCACCUGAGCCUCUUAUAUGGAGAUCUAACAGAGGAAGAGAAGGAAAAAGCCCGAAAGCGUGUUGAGGAACUGGACGCAGGGCUCGUUGGUCUAGCAUUCAAGGUGUCUUCGAUUGGCCUCUUCAAGACUGAUACAGAGGACAAGAGCUUGAAAUCAUGGGAGAAGAUAGAGAUAUGUGAUCUUAAGUAGCGUUUACCACUCUCUAACUGUGAGCUUGUGUUUCCUUCUGUGUCAAUAUCUGUUGCGUUCGCGGUACCGUGUUCUUUUGAUUUUGGGAUAAAUUGGAACUUGCUUUUUGGUCAGAGAUGGUAGGAGUUAUCUAUCUUGUUUGUCAUAAGGACUUGGAAUAAGCAUUUGCUCGUGCAGUUUAUCAGUGUAAAGGGUUCUUGUUUAUGUAUUAAAGGUGUAUUUUUAUUGUCGGUUCCUCUUUUAA